CCCAGGUGGGGCCUCGUUUGUGUCCCACUCUGAGUCCAAAUGUUCUCUGCCUGGAAGAUUCCAAUGUUCCGGUCUGUUUAUGAAGACUCUGUGCCCACCACAGCCUCUUUCAGCGCCAAAAUGCUCAAUGUCACCUCGCAAGUCCUUGUGCCUGCUCUUAAUGGGACCCUUUCCCAGAGCAACAAUUGCCCCGACACCGAGUGGUGGGGCUGGCUCAACGCCAUCCAGGCCCCCUUCCUCUGGGUCCUGUUCGUGCUGGCUGCGCUCGAGAAUGUCUUCGUCCUCAGCGUCUUCUGCCUGCACAAGAGCAGCUGCACGGUGGCGGAGAUCUACCUGGGGAACCUGGCCGCGGCAGACCUGAUCUUGGCCUGCGGGCUGCCCUUUUGGGCCAUUACCAUUGCCAACAACUUCGACUGGCUCUUCGGGGAGAUCCUCUGCCGCGUGGUGAACACUAUGAUCUACAUGAAUCUGUACAGCAGCAUCUGCUUCCUGAUGCUGGUGAGCAUUGACCGCUACCUGGCCCUGGUGAAAACCAUGUCCAUGGGCCGGAUGCGUGGGGUGCGCUGGGCCAAACUCUACAGCCUGGUGAUCUGGGGGUGCACGUUGCUCCUGAGCUCACCCAUGCUGGUGUUCCGGACCAUGAAGGAAUACAGAGACGAGGGCCACAACGUCACCGCCUGUGUCAUCAACUACCCAUCCAACACCUGGGUGGUGUUCACGAACGUCCUCCUGAACUUCGUGGGCUUCCUGCUGCCUCUGAGUAUCAUCACCUUCUGCACAGUGCAGAUCAUGCAGGUGCUGCGCAACAACGAGAUGCAGAAGUUCAAGGAGAUCCAGACGGAGCGGAAGGCCACAGUGCUGGUGCUGGCCGUGCUGCUGCUGUUCGUGGUCUGCUGGCUGCCGUUCCAGAUCAGCACCUUCCUGGACACGCUGCUGCGCCUCGGCGUCCUCUCUGGCUGCUGGGAUGAGCACAUCAUCGACGUGAUCACGCAGAUCAGCUCCUUCUCGGCCUAUAGCAACAGCUGCCUCAACCCGCUGGUGUACGUGAUCGUGGGCAAGAGCUUCCGGAAGAAGUCUCGGGAGGUGUACAGGAGAGUGUGCCAGAAAGGGGGCUGCGGGCCAGAACCCAUCCAGAUGGAGAACUCCAUGAGCACGCUGCGGACCUCCAUCUCGGUCGAACGCCAGAUUCACAAAUUGCCGGACUGGGGAGGGAGCAGACAGUGAGCUACUGUUCAUUCAUACAAGGAUUGAUGGACAGUUACUCUUCA